AUGGGUGGAAGUCGCGACCUCUCGCGAACACCGUCGUCCCGAUACACGAACCGAGUGCCACCUCCUCAUCCUCAAGCAUAUCCUGCUGACCUCUGUAUGCGCAGCCCCCCUCAACUGUUUAUCCAUCCUGCCAAUGACCAAGUUUACGGCGCAUCUAGUCAACACUUGAGACUCUUCACUAGUCUAGUAGUACACAUCCCCACCAACGGUACCUCGCUCAGGCCCUCGCAAACCGCCGGACGCACCCAUCCAUCUCUGAUGCUCCUCGAGCGCAGCUUUGACUUGGUGCGCGUCGUGGCGUUCUUUCAUUUAGCGGUACCAUGCUCUGUGAGAGAAUCGGCGUAG